CGGGUCAGUGGACCAGUGGUAAAACCCACUGGAACUUCAACCCACUAGCCCUAUGCCUGUGAGAAUGAGUGAAUUCAUUACAGUACAAGUUGGACAGUGUGGAAACCAAAUAGGGAGUGUUUUUUGGCCUCAAGUAUUGGAAGAGUAUGGAAUUACUUCAAGGAACUCCAAUAGUACACCAUCCAGAAUUGAUAAGUCUUUUAAAAGCUUCUUUGAUUGCCCAGAAAGUUUUCCCAAAGCUUGUCACAGUGCCACUGAACUAAGAAGGUCUAAAGUGACUGCAAGAGCUCUGCUAGUAGACAUGGAGGAGAAGGUUGUAGAUAGAUUUCACCAUGGAAGUUUGCAUCAUCUGUUUGAUAAAAAGUGCUUCUUGACUAAUCACCCAGGCUCAGGGAAUAACUGGGCUGUGGGUCACUUCACACACUUCAACAGUCACAGGUCUGCGCUAGAGGACAAGCUGAGACACAUGGCAGAGAAGUGUGACUGUCUAUGCGGUGUGUUAGUGCUGCUCUCUCUCGGUGGCGGUACUGGAGCAGGGUUGGGCACGGCCAUCGUAAGACUGCUGGAGGACCAAUUCCCUCUUGUCGACAGAUUCGUAACUUGUGUACAUCCUGGCCAGUAUAACGAUGUAAUCACUAGCCCGUACAACAUAGCGCUGUCACUGCGUUGUCUUUCGGAACAUGCUUCAUGCGUCAUUCCCGUGGAUAAUAAGGCUCUAGGAGACAUCUGUGAACGGCACCAGUUAAAUAAAGGCACAAAACCUUUUCAAGAUGUCAACAAUGUCAUAGUCAGCAUGCUUCUUAAUCUCACAAGUGGUUCUCGGUUCAGUGGGUCACUUAACUGUGAUCUCAGUGACCUCAGUAGUCUGGUGCCUCGACCUAGCCUCCACUACCUUAGUGCCAGUCUCAGUCCUCUGGACUUGAACCUAUCACGAGACGUCUCCUUCGUCAAUAAGAAGAGAAACCUGCUGCAGGAAGUUUGUGCCCGUGAAGACCAACUCCUAAGAGUUAAUGCUCUGGGAGGUCAGUUGCUAAGUGCUGCACUCUUGUGCCGAGGACAGGUACCACUCUCCACACUUAGACAAUAUGUGACAAGGUUUCAAUCCAAAGUAAAGUAUGCCUCUUGGAGUGACCCAGGAGUAAAGACGGGGCUAUGUUCUGUACCACCGGUCGGCCACAACAGUGCGAUGUUAUGUCUGGUUAAUUCUACCAACAUGGCAAACUUUUUCAACGAUUCAUUACACCACUUCAACUUGCUAUAUAAAAGAAAGGCUCAUGUACACCAUUAUACGAAUGUCGAUGGAUUUGAUUGUGACGAUUUCCUAUUAACAAGAGAGAGUUUGAUGACAUCGGCGAUGAAGUACUCUGAGGCAGCAAAUUUUGUGGAAAUUCCCAGGCUCAAAGUUAGAUGACAGAAGACAAUACAACAUUGCAUUUCAAAAUUAAUUUUUGUAUUAUACAAUUUACACUAUAAAUUAUAGACAUGUACACUAUCUGAAAUGUUUUUAAAGUUGUGUUAUUUAUAAAUUAUGUAGCAUGUUUAAUGUGUUAAGUCUAUUUUAUUACGUAACAUAAUACCAAUAAAAUGCUUUUAGAAGUUU